UUCUUUAUUCAUCCGAUCGACUCAGCGUCAUCGAGCCACCACCGCAACCACCAAGUCAACUCCGCCAUCAAGCAUCAUCCACCAAGACUUGCAGUAUUAAUUGCAUUUAAAUUUUAGAAGAUGUACAUCAUAAGAACAACGAUGAUGGUAUGCCAGCAAGCUCAAGCACCAGUGAUUCAAAUGACCACUGGAGGAAUGGACUUAUCAGUGCUCCGGCGACGUGCACAGAAGGAAAAAGUGGUGGUUGUAAUGGGUUCCACCGGCACCGGAAAAUCAAGACUUUCUAUCGACCUGGCCACCCAGUUCCAAGCGGAGAUAAUUAACUCCGACAAAAUACAAGUCUAUGAAGGAUUAGAUAUCGUCACCAAUAAAAUCACCGAGGAGGAAUGCAACGGUGUACCUCACCACCUUCUCGGAAUUGUUGAUCCAGAUUCGGAUUUCACUGCAAGAAACUUCGUAAGCACGGCCUCAAUGGCCAUGAAAUCGAUCGUCGGGAGAGGCAAGCUGCCGAUAAUCGCCGGUGGUUCCAAUUCGUUCAUCGAAGCAUUGGUGGACGAUGAGAACUACGACUUCCGAUCAAGGUAUGACGUGUGCUUCUUGUGGGUUGACGUCUCAAUGUUGGUGCUCCACCAAUUUGUGGCGGACCGUGUAGACCGAAUGGUGGCCGCCGGGAUGGUGGAGGAGGUCAGAAACAUUUACAACCCAAACGCAGAUUAUUCGAAAGGGAUCCGCAGAGCAAUUGGAGUGCCGGAAUUUGACUCGUAUUUUCGUGCUGAGUAUUCAUCAUCCUCAGAUGAAAAAACCCGCGCCAAAUUACUAGAAGCAGCCAUUAACGAAACAAAGAUCAAUACAUGCAUUCUGGCUCACCGGCAACUGGAAAAGAUACACCGGCUUAGAAACGUUAAAGGGUGGGAAAUUCACCGGAUUGAUGUCACCAAAGUUUUUCAGAAGAAAGGUAGAGAAGCCGAUGAGGCGUGGGGGGAGCUGGUGACUGGACCUGCUUCAGUGAUCGUGAAUGAAUUUCUAUACAAUUUCGGUCAUUCCAGGGGUUUCGCCGCCACAGCUGACGGCCGUGGCAGAGAUUUUAGAGUGGCUGAAACGGGGUCGGCGAUGGCGACUGCAAUUUAUAACUAGGCAAUUAAUGGAAGAACCAAAUCAUGGGGUUAAGGUUAACAUAUCAUAAGUUAAUUUUGGCAUAUACUAAAAACUCUGAGGAGAUAAGCAUAUAUGAUAGCUAAGUGAUUUUAAAAUUUUGACUCUUGAACUUAGUUUGACGUGCAUUCUUGUAAACUAUGGUGAGGCAUGUUUGGAUGGGUUUUAUGGAAUAAUAUAUAAAUGCUGUACUAGUAUUAUA